AUGGAGUCGGCCGAUGUAGCAACCCCUCCCCAGCCCGGGCUGGUCUCUGCCCUGCCAACAAUGCUCAUGAGCUAUUUUACAACACCAACCACCCCCGUCAAGACUCUCUCGUUGGGCGACAGCCGGGAUGCGAAUAUCAAAAGCCAUCAAAACAAUCUCACUACCGAAUCACUACCAAUGCAGCACGAUACCCCGCUGAGCCAGAGGAACAACCCAAACAGAAGCUCGCUGCCACUCAUGUUGACUGACGAUGGAUAUGCCUCUCGCGAAGGUUCACUGAUGAGUUCCAAUGGCGGGAGGAAGAAGCGAUCGUCUCGCCCCAAGACUUCAUACAGCAUUGCCCAUGCUCCGCCCAAAGGCAGUGCGCGACACAAGAUCCACGUUCGCGCCAAACCAUUGUUGCAAUUGCACCAACUAUCCCAGUCUGCGAGGCCAAUGCCUGCUUACGAACUCCUUCCCUCGGCCAUCUUCUCGCCUUCGCUGUCGCGCGCCAUCUCCAAGACCCUCCGUACCAAACACGGCCACUGUCCGGCCGACCUAGCCAUUGUCAAGGCUGAGAAGUACCACCAACACGAAGCAUCACCCAAAGAAGAAGACGAGUCAAGAGACGUUCUGGCCCUUGUCUGCAAAGGCCGAAAGGGAGACGGCAACAACACAUCCAAGGCGAAGCUCUUCCUUGAAGAUGGGAGCGAGUGGGAAGCCUACACUCUGCCCAACGGUGGCUAUGAGUUCUUCAGCACCGAUGCACAUGGCCUGGGCAUGACUGCACGCUGGGUUCUUCGUCGCCCCAAGGCCAGAAGAAGUCAAUCCGCCUCGGACAUGACGACGUCUUUUGGCACCGACGCCGCCAACCAGAACAAGAAGUUCAACUUCAGCACAAUCUCGCCAAACUCUCGUCGUCAUCCCGUAAUUGCUUCGCUUACAACCGCCUCUCUUGAUAUCAAUGAUUCUUACACUAUCCCUUCAGCUCUGGCACCCUCGCCAGAGAUUAGCGAUCAUGAGCAAGAAGAAGCUAGCCAAGAUCCUGUCGGUUCCACUGAUCCUAUUGUUACAACUCAGUCUCUCAAGGCAUUGAUCACUGCCACUGCUAUCUGGGUGACUCUUCGUGAAGGCUGGUGCCCCGGCUAUCGUUACGACGAUCUGAUGCUACGUUCGCCUUCCCUCAAGCUCAACGCUUCUCCCAUAAAGUCACCUACAGAGCUGUCUUCUGCUGCUACUCCCAAAGACGACUCUCCUAGAAGAAGCGGCAGUAUCGCUCGCAUGUUCCGCUCUGCCGGUGUCAAGCGACGCUCCACAUCUUCACAAGUCGAUGGCUCUACUUCGACUGAUGAAGCUCCUAUCCCUAUCUCAAGGAGCGCCAGUGCUAGAAGAGCUCGCGCCGAUAGCACCAGCACCGUCUUGAUCCAUUCUAAGCGUCCUCGAGGACGUCGCGCUGAUACUACCAGCACUACUGCAUCUGGUCUCGCACACAUGGAUCUCGCGUCCAACGACAUGACCGAAGAGGAGGAAAGUGUUGAGGCUACCGCCGCCAUGCUUGGCAAAUCCUCGAAGCAUUCUUCUGCGCCUACUCCCUUGAUUCCCGCUCUCGAUCUCCAAGAGAGCGACGAAGAAAACUACGCAGUCCGCAACGAUUCUGCCAAAUCACAGGAAGCCGAGAGAAAGCUCGCAGCCAUGGCCGCCCAGCGUCAGAAGCGCGAGAGCUCGACCACCUCAGCCAAUAGCAUCGACGCCGGUAAAAUCGAAGCAAACAUGCCCAAAGCCAAGAAACCCAGCAGAUUCAGAAAGCUAUUCUGCGGCAUGGCUGGGUGA